AUGGAUGCAUUUCUUCUUCUCAAUCCACUUUUCUGUUUCCUGGCCGCCGCAGCAUUCUUGGCGUGGUUAGUCCUCAAACGAGGUUGUACAAACCAGCAGCAGGGGGUGCAGCCUCCCUCACCGCCGAGGCUGCCAAUCUUUGGGAACCUUCACCAGCUAAGCGCACUGGUCCACCGCUCAUUCCACGCCUUGGGCUCCAAGUACGGUCCGAUCAUGCUGCUGCACUUUGGCAGCCAGCCAGUGAUCAUCAUCCAGUCAUCUGCCGCAGCUGCUGAAAUCAUGAAAGCCCAUGAUCUAGCCUUCGCUGACAGAUCCACGUCGAGGACUAUUAUGAAAUUUGUGUACAAUGACAAGGACAUAGUCUUCUCCCCUUAUGGUGAAUACUGGCGGAAAUUGAAAAGCAUUUGUGUUCUUCAGCUGCUGAGCAGCAAAUGCGUGCAGUCUUUCAAUUUCAUCCGAGAGGAGGAAACUGCCGUUUUGGUUGAGAAGAUCAAAGCCUGCUGCAGAUGCAACUCGCCUGUCAAUUUGAGCGAGCUGUUUACGUUGUUCACUAACGACAUGACCUGCAGAGCCUCCUUCAGAAAGAAGUACAGUGAAGGGGAAGAUGGAAAGAGGUUUCUAAGGCUGCUAACAGAAGUUUCGCAGCUUCUGGGGACAUCAAAUAUUGGAGACUUUGUUCCAUGGCUGGGGUGGAUUGAUAGUAUUACAGGAUUCAACAGGAGAGUCGACAGGGUUGCUAAAGAAAUGGACGAGUUCUUGGAGAUGGUAAUUCAAGACCACCUGAAUUCAAGAGGAUCGGAAAUUGGUGAGUCUGGACAUGGAAAUCCUGAAGACAGCUUUGUCAGCAUUUUGCUCAACGUUUACAGGGAUAACACAAUCGACAGAGAUAGUAUAAAGGCCAUUAUCCUGGAUAUGCUUGUCGCGGGCACUGAGUCCAUAUCUGCAGCGCUCGAAUGGACGAUGACAGAACUCCUCAGACACUCGAAUGUGAUGAACAAACUGAAAUCCGAAGUGAGAGCAAUCCUGAAAGACAAGAAUCACACCAUAAAUAUAACCUACGAUGACUUGGAACAAAUGCAUUACCUGAGAGCAGUGGUGAAGGAAACUCUGCGUCUUCAUCCUCCCACUCCAUUUAUGGGUAGAUUAGCCCGGCAAGAUGUCGAAGUUAUGGGAUACGACAUUCCUGCUGGGACUGCGGUCUUUAUCAAUUUUUGGGCAGUCGGUAGAGAUCCUGCAACUUGGGAUGAACCUGACACAUUUAAGCCUGAGAGAUUAAUCGGGAGUACAAUAGACUUCAAGGGUGUAGAUUUCGAGCUGAUUCCGUUUGGGGCAGGAAGAAGGGGUUGCCCAGGAAUUGGAUUUACCAUGGCAAACAUGGAACUCGUGUUAGCUAAUCUUGUAUGCAAAUUUGAAUGGGAUUUACCUAACUGGGAGGAGUUGGACAUUGCAGAACACCGUGGUCUCACUGUCCGCAAGAAGAAUCCUCUUUUUGCUGUUGCAACUGUAGCUCAAUUCUAGAAAGAUUCAGACAUACAGAUGAAAAAUAAUUUGGAUGUUGUUUCUACUGGUUCUUUAGAGCAAAAUGAUGAUUCCGUUUAC